ACUUCUGCUUUCACAGAAGCGUGGUUCGGCAGGCACAGCACCUGCAGAUAGCAAAGUCCAUUUCCUGGGGCCAACCCAGCAGGGCAUCAGGAAGAAGAUAGAAUGAGAAGGGGAAAUGAAGGAGAGAGGGAGAGAAAACCAGAAGAGCAUGUAAAGCAACCACAGGCAGAGUUAGGGGGGAGUAGUGCCUCUGAUGGAAUACUGCGUGCAGUUCUGGUCACCAGUGUUCACUAAAGAUUAAUUCACUCUGGAACAGUUUUGAUUGCUUGAUUGAAGUCUCCACAGCGGCUGUGGUCAUCAGGACAAGGCAUUCACCUGCUUCCAGCUCUGCUCGGAGAAAGGAACUGUGUUGUGAUUCCACAUCUGGCAGGAACCUGGCAUUGCAUCCACUUCACCACAACUGCUGGAAAGAACCUGUGAAAGGUAACCAGUGAUUGACCUCCAAACCACCGAUACCAGGAGAAGAGCUGGUGACGGAAUCUGCAGAGAGAGAGACACCCAUCCACUUCCGAGGGGUGGCAGGGAAUGACCUGACUCCUGCUCCCCUGAGGGUAAUGAUCUCCCUCUAUGCCCCUUGUUGUGCCUCAUUUGCCUGUCAGUGGCCUGAGCUACAUCACUGAGAUCUCUACAGGUUCUGCUGGGCAUGUCAAAUGACAGCAUUUCUCAAAGUCUGGACCAAUGCAAAGAUUACAGCUCCAACCACCGGCUGCACCUGGUUGGGUACAGCCUGAUCUUUGUAGCAGGUUUGAUCCUCAAUGCUGUGGCACUCUGGGUCUUCCUGCGCUACCUGCACCUCAAGUCUGUGGUAAGCAUCUAUAUGUUCAACCUAGCAGUAAGCGACCUGCUCUUCACACUCUCACUGCCACUACGGCUCUAUUACUACUCCAGCCAGCAUUGGCCUUUUGGCAAUUUCCUUUGCCAGGUGUCUGGCUCCCUCUUCCAGAUCAACAUGUAUGGCAGCUGCCUCUUCCUCAUGUGCAUCAACCUGGAUCGCUAUAUUGCCAUUGUCCACCCACUCCGCUGGCGCCAUCUUCGGCGGCCCAAGUUGGCCCGGCUGCUCUGCCUGGUGGUGUGGGUGCUUAUCCUGGUGGGCUCUGUUCCUGCUGCUGGUGUACAUAGGUCAAGUUCCUGCAUCAAAGGGAGCCAGACCAUCGCUCUGUGUUUCGAAAGCUUCAGUGAUGGCCUGUGGCAGAAGGGCAUCUUCCCACUGGUCAUCCUGGCUGAAAUCCUGGGCUUCCUCUUGCCACUGACCUCUGUGACAUACUGUUCAAUUAGAAUCUUCCAGAAGCUAUGCCAGGCCAGCGAGACACAGAGCCUGCGCCAGCAGAAGACUAUACGCCUGCUCGUGGUGAAUUUGGUAAUCUUCAUCAUCUGCUUUGUGCCCUACAACACAACUCUGGCAGCCUAUGGGAUGAUAAAGGCCCACGUGAUCCAAGCUGAGCCGCCAAUUCGGGACUCUGUGCGCCAGGUGCUUAUUGUCACGGUGCUGUUGGCCAGCAUGAACUGCUCUCUUGACCCCCUAAUUUACUACUUUAGUACUGAAGGUUUCCGUAACACCUUCAAGAAGCUCCGGCGGGGCCAGGCCUGGGACUCCGACACAGGGAUGGCCAAGACUCAGGUCACAGAGACGAAACGCUAUAGAGCACGCUCCAGUGUAGAAGCAAAGCGGUACCCAGCCCAAAACUUCAUCCUCCUCAAUAAGGACUUGCCACUGGCUCCCAUCAAAAUAUUUUUGAAUGGGCCGAUCGAGGACUCUGAAAUAUAAUCCUGGACGUCAUGGGGUUGCUGAGUUAUAGGGUAGCCAUAAGAUGCCAGGAAGAUUGUGGGAGCUGGCUAGAGUGUACCCUGAUCAAGCUGGAGAAGCUUAGUAGAGUGGUAAGGAAAUUUGAGGAUGGUAAAGUUGGUGAUGCAAAAAUAAAUGAUGAAAAAUCUUUUACAACAAAA